AGGAAGGUAACACAGAGAUGAGAUUGUGAGAAUGUGUAAGGAACAACAUUCUUCAAACAACAUUUUUAACUCGAUAUUAAGCCAUUAAACUUCUGUAAUAUAUCUGUAUGGGUGGUACUUUCAUUGUCUUUCAGGAAUCAAUUGGGUCGUAAAAAAUGGGUUGUUCCACACCAGAAUUGGGUCAGACCUGAAAGCGAGUUUGUAGUUACUUGACUGGAAUGUGAAGACUGAAUGUAAAGUUCAUCCUCGAGAGCAUCUAAACGUGUCCCAAUGCAAGCAAGAGCCUGAGGAACAGGGCAUUAAUUGUGUCUGUGGAAAACUUCUAUCCGGAUGUGGAUCUAAUGAAGCGGAGGGGUGUAAAGAGAGACACGCAGAGACUUCAUAAAAUUCUUACUAAACUCGGCUUCUCUGUGGUCAUCAAACAAGACAUGGAGGCAGAAGAGAUCUAUGAAGCGUUCAAAGCCGAGAGCAAGAAGACAGUAAAAGACUGUUUUGUGGGCGUCAUAUCCAGUCAUGGCGAGGAGGGUGUUGUGUUUGGUGCUGAUGGAUGUCCUGUGAAACUGGCCAAGAUCUACAGUUACUUUGGAGGUCCGUCAAUGACGGGCAAGAACAAACUCUUCCUUAUACAGGCUUGUCGAGGACAUGAGUUGGAUGGAGGUGUGGAGACAGACUCUUCAUUCUCAGAGGAAGAGGAGAGCAUGUCUGAGCUUUUUUCCAUUCCCAUUGACACCGCAGUCAUGUACGCCACAGCCCCAGGUUACGGUGCAUUCAUGCAUCCUUUGGGCUCAGCGUUUAUUCAGACUCUCUGUGAUCUGCUGGAACAGGAAGGAGGUCCAAAUCUGGAGCUCACACAACUCAUGACUCGCCUGAAAUACCAGGUUGCCUACAACUUCCAAGCAAAAGGCAAAAUGUUGGGUGGCAAAAAGCAGAUGCCGUGCUUUGUGACCCGCUUUACCAGAGAGGUGUUUCCAUUCAUGGACAGCAGGACAGCAGCAGCAGAAGAUUUGAACUUCAGCUUUGCAGCCACACAGUUUAUUGAUGAACCGAAAAGAUCACAGAGGAGAUCCAUCAGCUGAAGUUUAUGAAGAAUCUGAUGCAGGAACUGUAUAGAGAGCCAUCUCUGAGCCAUCGUUCAUAUUAUCUCAUUUGAAACUGAUAAUAAAACAGAUAAAGUGACGUAAAGUUACAUCUGCAGCAGGAAGUGGCUGAAAAGAGAAGGAUGUGACCUCUUUUAUAAAGCUCCAUUUAACUCUCUGGGAAUUUUAUUGUGUUUGUUACUUCCAUUUAUUUAUGGUCUUAAAGUAUUUUCAGAGUAUUUAAUAAAAAAAAAUAAAAAAAAGUAAAAUAA